AUGGCAUCUAGGGGUGUUCAUCUGGAGUCAGCAAAUUCCCUGUCAGCGAGCUCUUUCAUCAAUGUUCUCAGAAGAUUUCAGAGCAGGAGAGGACCGGUACGCCAACUGCGCUCCGACCAGGGUACAACAUUUGUUGGUGCACGGAGUGGGCUGAGAGAAGUGCUAGCCGAGAUGGAGCAGGACAGAGUUCACCAGUAUUUGUUAGAGAACAACUGUGACUGGAUUCCAUUCAAGCAGAAUACACCACAUGCCAGCCACAUGGGAGAGACAAAUUGGCACGGUGCGCCGAACAUUAGAGGGUCUUCUUCUCAGUACCGCAACACAAUCCAAUUGGAUGAUGAAAGUUUCAGAACCUUCAUGACUGAGGUAGAAGGCAUCAUCAAUUCACAACCUCUCACAACAGAUUAUCUCUGCUCAGCAGAUGCACCAGAGCCAUUGACACCAAGUCAUCUGUUGACUAUGAAACCCAAGGUGGUUCUGCCUCCGCCUGGAAAGUUCCAGAAGGAAGACAUCUAUGCCCACAAAUGGUGGAGACGUGUCCAGUACUUGACCAAUGAGUUUUGGGUGAGAUGGAGGAAGGAGUUUCUGCAUCAACUUCAAGAACGUAAGAAGUGGGUGCACCCAGAAAGAGAUCUACAGGUGGGUGAUGUCGUAAUCUCGAAGGAAGGUGAACAGACCAGAAACCAGUGGCCAUUUGGACGCGUAAUGGAGACCCAUCCGAGCAACGACCGAAGAGUCAGGUCAUUUUUUUUUCAAGCAGAAGACGGCAUACGAGAUAACCUUGGAAGACGUCAAUACUCUCCAUCACUCCUUGAUAGGCCAGUGCACAAGCUUGUCCUGUUGGUGCCAGCUACAGAGACGCAGAUUGAAACUCAAGAGACCAGGGAAGUCCCCACCGAAGAGCCAAAACUAGAGACCCUACCAGAAAAGACCACUACAGAUGACAAACUGUUUACAUAA